AUGGCUAAACAAAAGGCGAAUCUGUCUCGCAUACAGCUGGCCGAUGUCGGCCAAGAAGAGGAUUUCGAGGCUGCUCGCCAGAAGGCACUGAAGCUCGGUGCCGUGAAGGUGGAGAUCGUGGACUGUAAGCGGGAGUUUGUGGAAGAGAUGUGCUUCCCCGCCGUCCAAUGCAACGCCAUCUACGAGAACGUAUACCUGCUCGGCACGUCACUCGCACGACCAACCAUCUGCCGCGCUCAAAUCGCUGUCGCCCAGCGCGAGGGCUGCUUCGCCGUAUCCCACGGCUGCACAGGCAAAGGCAACGACCAGAUCCGCUUCGAGCUUGGCUACUACGCACUACAGCCGUCCAUCAAGGUCAUCGCGCCCUGGAGGGACCCUGAGUUCUACAAACGAUUUGCCGGCCGCAACGACCUCCUCGAUUAUGCAGCUCAGCAGGGCAUUCCAGUCUCGAGCACCAAGGCGAAGCCCUGGAGCAUGGAUGAGAAUCUGGCGCACUGCUCGUACGAAGCCGGUAUACUGGAGGACCCGAACACCACGCCUCCAGAAGACAUGUGGAAGCUCACCCAAGACCCGAAGAAAGCGCCGGAUCACCCGCAAGACUUCACGCUGUACUUCGAGAAGGGCCUACCAAAGAAGUUGGUCUACGACGACAAUGGCAGCGAGAACACUGUGACAGACCCGGUGGAUUUGUUCUUGGCUUGCAACGCUAUCGCGAGGAAGAACGGUGUCGGCCGCAUUGAUAUCGUGGAGAACAGGUAUAUCGGGCUCAAGUCUCGUGGCUGCUACGAGACUCCGGGACUCACAUGCUUGCGCGCCGCACACAUGGAUCUCGAAGGUCUGGUCAUGGACCGCGAGGUGCGCGCACUGCGCGAUCAGUUUGUCACUUUCAACUACGCGAAGAUCCUCUACAACGGCAUGUACUUCUCCCCCGAGCGCGAGUUCCUCGAAGACGCCAUCGUCUCAUCGCAGAAGCGAGUCAAUGGCGCGGUUCGAUGCAGGUGCUACAAGGGAACCUUCUCCGUGCUGGGCCGCUGGAGCGACACCGAGAAGCUCUACGACGAGACCGAGAGCAGCAUGGACACGGUUGUGGAUUUCGAGCCAACGGACACCUCGGGAUUCAUCAGCGUCCAGGCUAUCCGGCUGAAGAAGUACGGAAAGAUGAAGCAGGAGGGCGGUGAGGAUUUGGUGAGGCCGCGACGUGAGAGUUACGUGAAGCCAUAG